UAUCCUACGUUGGUUUGUGUUUCAUUCAACAAGAUGGCGGCUUUCUUGAGCGAGUUGGAGCACGCGGCACGAGUGAUUAUGGCCCCGCCCUCUGUGGUGAGCCAUGAACAGCGUCAGUCUGCAGAACAAGUCAUCAUGGCAUUCAGGAAGUCUAAAACCCCCUUUGCGGCCUGCCGACACAUUCUAGAGCACAGUAAGGCAGAUUAUGUCCUUUUCCAGGCAGCUUCCACCAUCAAGGAAGCGGCCGUCCGGGAAUGGAUUCUCCUUGGCAAGAAAGAGAUUGAAUCUAUGCAGAGUUUCCUCCUCAAGUAUGUCAUGCAGAACACAAAACUCCAGAACUACGUCCGUGAGCAGAUUCUUCAAGCCGUGGCCGUCAUCUUCAAGCGGGGCACCAUGGACAUGAAGGAUACCGGGCGGGAUGCGCUCUUUGCAGACGUGUCGCAGAUGAUUGCGAGUGGCCAACCGCAGCUGCAACUGAUGGCAUGUUCUAUGCUGACAGCGCUACUCAAUGAGUACUCUAGCUCCAGCCGCACCAGCGCCAUCGGACUUAGCUGGGAGUUUCACAAUGACUGCAAACGGCUCUUUGAGGUCAACGACCUGAAGCGAGUCUUCCUGUUCGCCGUUCAAGUCCUGCACCAGUUUGAGUCCAACCAUGCCGCCAUGGGCCAGGAGGCUACCACCGUCUGCAGCCGCUUCUUAGCCAUAGCUGCCCAGGUUCUCAGCUGGGACUUCAUCCUGGUCAGGCCACCUAGAAGGAGGGUGGGUAUCUUUGAGUCCAUACAGACCCCGCCCCUCAAACCCGACGCCAACUGGAAGGACGUCCUGCUGGAUAAGGGAUUGCUGGAGUUAUUCUUUAAGCUUCACGGCAAAGUCCGACAGAGCGGGGAGAUGUGUCACCACGCCUUACAGUGCCUGGCCCAGCUGGCAUCUCUCGGUGGACCAGUCCUAAGCUCGGACAAGAUCACCGCGGAGUACCUGUCCCAUUACAUCCAGUGCCUGCUACAGAUGCUGAACAGUUCUGUCCUACAAGACCAUGAAGCCAUCGGCAUAGCCGCUAUCUUCAACGGUUUGGUCACCAGAUUCCCCCCAUCUGCCCUGCUGGCCAUCCCGGCCGAUCUCUUGACGUCAUUCAUCAGCUGCCUGUCCUCCCUGACGUGUGUCUUCGGAAGAAAAUCUGCAUUGGAAGAAGCCAUGCACAAGGAUGACCAGCAGUACAUGGAGGCCUACGACAAGCUCCUGGAGUGCUGGCUCAGCCUGCUGGACAACGCUGCCAAGUUUCCCGACGGUUACUUCAAACCUCACGCCACCCAGAUCUUCAAUCUGUACCUGCAGUGCCACCUGGGGGCGCCAGAUGGACUCCGCAAUCUGAGAGAAAACGGAGAGUCUAGCGAUGAUGAGGAAGAAAUCAAUGAGGUCGAGGAAGACGACCGGGAGUUGUUUGAGGAGCAACUUGGAUGCAUCGGAGUCUUGGGACGAGCCAUUCCAGAACAUAGCAUUCCACUGUUGUCAAAAAUCCUGGAAGACAGGGUAACCAGUCUACAGACCCAUCUGAUGCGGUUACAGCAUCACAGAACGGGAGCCGCGGCCAGCCACAACUUAGACCUAGACCAAAACAUGAAGCAAAUCCACUUCCUCUAUGAGGACCUGCAUUGGCUGCUCCUUAUAACAGGGUUCAUCUUAGCCAACGAGUCCAAGGGAGAGACGCCCAUGGUCCCGGCCGAAAUCAUGCAGUAUUCCAUCGGCCAAGCGUGCAACGUGGACGUGCAGAAGUCGCUUCACGCACUGACGUCCUCCACGAAUAUAUCCCAGCCCAUAGUCCACGACGAGAAAGUAGAUAAGGUAGUUAGGUUAAUAGCAGCUAUUGUACGCUUAGCGGAAGUCGAGAGGCAAGCAUUGUCGGAUUUUGCCGGAGUCCUAAGCCCCCAGGUUGGCCGGAGUACCGUCUGGUGCUUGAGACGGUGGCUCAUACCAUACCUACUACUACACGAGAAGUAUUAUUCAGAGAUAAGUCUUCCACUCAACACUGUCUUUGGCCAGGACUCGGCCGGCGGUCAGUGGAUGGUCAACUUCCUCCUGCAGAAGGUGGUAACCAACCUCGUGGUCUGGUCAUCUGAGCAUGAGCUGGCCAAGGACACCAUUGACCUGAUGGUGGCACUGGUCAACAGAAAGGACAAGGCAAUCCCAGCCACGCAGUGCGACAGCUACUGGGUCCUGGCCAAGCUACACUCCUCCAAGCCCUCCAAGCUGGACACCCUUCCGUUGGACGUCCGGUCCAGCCUCAUGCAGGCCCUAGUCAUGGCAGGCUCCUGCAUACCGGACAAGACUAACGAGAGGCAGCGCUUUGAGAAUGAGAUCCUAAACCCUGUCCAGCAGGCCUUCCGAGAGCUUCUCCAUCGCGAGGACUUCGCCAGCCGUGCCCUGCAGACCAACGUCAAGUCCUCAGUGGCCCAUCUCCUGUGCCUCCUGCGGGGCGUGGUCCUAGGCACCCAGGUCAACCGGGCCAGUGAGCUCUUCACCUUCUGCCUGCCCAUGCUGCGGGACGGGGUGUCGCUGCUGCGCAUCUAUCACAACUACCCGGAGCUGGUGGAGCAGGUGCUGGAGGUGUUUGUGGAGGUGGCUAUGCACCAGCUGUGCUUCCUGACGCAGGCGGAGUCCGUGAAGAUGUACGAGGUAUCGCUAGCCUUACUUCAAGCCUACUCGGAAGCCAACCUAGGCAGGACCAGCGUGGAGGUCUUAGCUGAGGAGGAACAGUACCGGGACCUGUCUCUCAUGAUGGAGCUGCUGUCUAGUCUCUUCUCAAGAGACAUGUUUGUCUUUCUGGACGACGGUAGGCAGCAGGAUACUGAAGACGUCAACAAUGCCAUAGAGUCGUCUGAUAUCGUCCUGCAUGGCUUGAACAUUGUGGUGCCGCUCAUGAACGCAAACCUCCUGAAAUUUCCGAUCCUGUGCUCGGAGUACUUCAAGCUGAUCACGUUCAUCUGCGAGCUCUUCCCGGACAAGAUCUGCCUGCUGGCCGAGUCGCUCUUCACCAACUUCAUGGCCUCGCUGGAGGUGGGCCUGUCGGAGUACGGCGCGGACGUGACCAAGAUGUGCCUGGACGGGCUGGCCACGCUGGCCGGCCACUGCGUGGAGAACCAGAUGAGGGAGGGCGCCCUCUUCCAGGCCAUGAGGCAUUUCACCGAGGUGGUCUUCAAGAUAGUGCUAAUGCAGACUUUUGACAUGGAGUUGAUAUCGUCAGCAGCUGAGGCUUUUUAUUCCCUUGUUUGCUGUCAUCAGGCCAAGUACACGGAACUGGUCAACGUGCUUCUCAGCAGCCAAUCAGAUCCGGCCGUCUAUCAGCGCUUGGCCGAGGCCUUCAGCAAGCUGACGCCCGCAGAAGAGCCCCUCCAAUUGGCCAGAAAGAACAAAGUGCAAUUCCUGAGCAGGCUGGAGACGUUUUUGUUCAACGUCCGCGGUUUCCUCUGCGUCAAGUGACGUCUUUCAGAACUUGAAUGCUGCCAAAGCCAUAGUAAACAAUGCAAAGAACAGAAUGCAACUUUUGACAAAGCUAUUUUUUUAAUAAGAAGACAGCGAUAACAAAAAUGAGCAUUUUAGAAUACAGAAAUUGUACUACUUCACCCGCAGUGCGUCAUCGAGAAAAAAAUGACGUCCAUUUUCUGACAUUCCCAAACAGUGUCGCACUGGGCAACAAGAACUUGGAAGUUGUAUGGAAUUUUGUUCUUUGAAAAACAAAUUUUCUUAACAUUGCUUCCAAAUUUUUAUGUGCCUCUGUGGCAUCGAACAGAAAUAAUAACGGACAGAUGGAUAACUACAAGAUAAUAUGCAUGUAGCAAUCAACAAUGAAGUUGAAAAGUGACCUCUUUGAGUCAACUGCUGGGUGUGGCACAGUAUUAUGAAUUCUUUUUCCCAUUGCCGGAGUUUUUGAAUCCAGUAUCGCUAAACUCCAGUUCAUAUUGAGCCACAUGGCUGCCAGUACCUUGACUUCUUCAUAGUAUUGCGGGUUAGCGCUUUGCUCAGACUGGUGCCUGCCUGUAGACCAAGAUUCCUGAAGGACUACCAAAACCAUGUAAACUGCUUUGCUAAUGAAACUGCCCUGCUUAUGGACAUUAGAGCUGCCCCAUAUAUACCAAAUAUUCGAUCAUCAACUGAAUAUUCAAAAAGCUUUUUGCCAUU